AUGAUCAGCUUCAACUAUGCGAUCUGGUCGACACCUUUAGUCAUGCUACCCACGAAGUGGAAGCGGAUGGGCCGCGCCGCUUUGGCUACAAUUCUGAUUGUGCUCUUCUGCUUCAUUUUCCAGGGCUUAUGGACUUCUUUCAUCUUGAUGAUAGUGGGAGCCUUGUCUGCCUCCAAUGACAGUCCAACUCCAGCCAUCUCAAUCCCAGACGAACCCGGACAGAAACCCAGCUGUGAUGACCACAACUGGUCCGCUGCCAACGUAUGCUGGACUUUGCUUUCCAUCAUCGUACCUUACGUACUCAAGCCACGGGGUUCAUUGCAUUGUCUACAAGCCUACCGGGUGUGGCGAGUAUCGCCAAUCUUUGCGUUGGCCGAGACAAUUUCCAUUUGGAUUUGGAUCAUCCAAGGGCUCAUGGUCGGGAGGAGUAUGCGCGCUACUUGCACUGCCUUGCUCGCUGCGCGCGUUACCAUGUCGAGGCCACUCGGCGAUUUUGAAGGAUUCCCCCGGCCGCAGCGGAGCUACUGUGAAGCCAUGAUCCUCGACUUGCAGAUCAGACUGUGGAGGUAUGAGCCGCGAGUGAUGAGAUUCGUCAUCGGCGACUCCAUCGAUAUCGCAGAGCUGACAGCCAAUAAUGUCCAGCCCGAGCGUUCUCAACGAGAGUAUCAAGAUCGAGUUUGGAAUAACCGUCUUGCCGCACAAGAGAGUCUAGAAAGGUACUUGCCACACGACCUAGACUCGGCCAUCUACACCGAGAAAGACUUCUGGAUACGCGCCGUCGUCGAUGUCUUGAUGCUACUCCAGGUUGUCAAAUUGAGUGUCGUGGCGGGCGCUGGGUUCCUCCGGUUCAUUGGCUAUCUGUAUACCUUUUGCUUUUCGACGGUCGAGUUUCUAGAUAUCGUCUCUGGCUUCCCAGCGCCACCUCACGACUAUCAAACACUCGAGGCACGGAGUCUCUGGUCCCACUUGGUGUUUGGAUACGCCACGAUCUGGAUAUCCGAGACGACUCCCUGGGGCCUCUGGGGAAAGACGAUGGACCUCAACUUCUAUGUCUUCUGGUCGACCGCAUACAUUGCAAUGCUCAUGCACGCUAUGGGCAUUGGCUACUCGAUAUUUUUCAAAUCCAUAACAUUGGUAUCUGCUCUCACGUCUCCGUCCCAUCAUGGCAUCGGCAUCGUUAUCAACGGAUUCGUCUACGGUACUGACAUUGUACUGAUGUGGAUAACAAUCCCCACGGCGAUCGUCCUGUCGAUGUUGCCGAUCUGCGUAUUAUGGCUUCGCCGUAUUGUCACGAGAGCUUGGGAACGGGUCUCGUCUCAAUAUUCGAGCGGGACUACCAUCAGCCGGGACGAAGAAGGAACCCUCUUUGGGAUUGAGCUUGCGCUUCUCGUCCCAGGUUCGAUCGCAUUCUGGCAGUUCUUGUCAAUCGUCCUGGCCAUUGCCGGGGUCAACUAUCUGUCGAUCGUCGACAUCACAUAUCGCUGCUGGGAGACGACUAAACCUGGGUACUACGACCGGCUUGGAUGA